AGGGCCCCUGGGCAGCGGCCCCGCUGGCCCGGUCCGUAAUCCGUCCCUGAGUGCAGCUAAUCACAUGAUUUCAUCAGCAAAUGGCCAUAAUUAACUUAAUUUUUGAAAACUCAUGUUUCAAAAUCACAUAAUAAUAGAUUCGCUAUUGUCCCCGUGGGGAAACUGUCUUUACGCCUCCCUCAGAUUGCUCUUUGUAGAGUAAGUUGUCCGCAAAGGGCAGCCACCUGUAGGCGACUGUCAGGUCCUCAGCCGGCAGCUUUAUUACACAGUCCAUGAGAUGAACAGAAAUUUGAAAAAAAAUGUCAGCUAAAUGACUCCUGUCAUACAGCUGUCCAUACAGCAUCUGUGUGUCAGACUCAUAGCAACGAACUGGGAUUUUAAUAAAUACAGGUCGACACCAGUUAUUCUCCCUUUACUGAACAACUGGCAGAACCAGAUAACACAUCUAUACUUUGUGUGCAAAUGUUGAGAUCAUUAUAUAAGUAUAAACUUUCAUGUCUCUCUAAUGGGCACAUUAGUGUCACUUCAUACAGAGGAAACGCGGAGCUUCACACAGCAAUGCAGCCUAAGACUGAGCUGUUCAGACAGAGGUGAGGAGAAGCAGCAGCGACACACAUUCAGAGAGAAGCAGGGAAUAAUGGCAUCAGAGUCAGCUUUAGGUCGGAGGACCAGGUCACACAGCUUUGGAUCACGUCCCAACAUGAGUGAUGCACCUGCUGAAGUAAGAAUUGUGCUGUUGGGAAAAACAGGAUCUGGGAAGAGCAGCGCAGGAAAUGUUAUACUGGGGGAAGAGAAGUUUAAAGUUUCAUGUGUUCCAUAUGAUGCAACAACAGAUUGUCAAACAGAAGAAGGAAACGUUAAUGGCAGGAAGAUUACAGUAACUGACACACCAGGGAUCUUUGACACUGGGAGGUCUGAGAAAGAUCUGAAGUAUUCCAUAAUAUCAUGUCUCUCUGAAUGUGCUCCUGGUCCACAUGCCUUCAUCUUAGUGCUGACAGUGGGAAGAUACACAAGAGAGGAGAAAGAGUCUGUGAAGAUGAUACUGAAGUGGUUUGGGGAGGAAGCCCUGAAACACACAGUUGUCCUUUUCACACAUGGUGAUGAGCUUCACAAAAACGAGACCAUUAAAGAGUUUGUAGAUAAGAACAAGGAUCUGAAGGAACUUGUUGAUAAGUGUGAACGCCGAGUCCAUGUCAUUGACUCUAAGCACUGGAACAGAAAAGAUAAAAAUGCUCAGUCUGCAGAUCUCCUGGAACAACUAAAUAAAAUGAUGAAAGAGAAGAGAGAAGCUGGGGAAUCACAGGCUGUUCAGGCACUGGAAGAACUGAAGAACCAGAUAUUACAGCAAAGAUCCUCAGCACCUGAUCAGGAACCAGGCCAAGGGUCAGGAAGACCUACAAGGUCUGAUGGAAACCUGGAUGAAUCAGAUUACAGGAGCAACAGCUUUCAGAUUAAACAGCUGCUGAUGACUAUAGAGAACAUGGUGAAAGGGAAUGAAGGUCGUUGUUACACAAAUGAAUCACUUCAGCUCAUCGCAGAAGCUAUACAGGAUGAGGUAAAUAAAAUAAUACAAGACAGAAUGAAAGUGUUUUUUGCUGAAGCCAUAAAUAUAGUUAGAAGGAAUAGGGACAGUAUGACUGAAUCCCAGAAGCUAGACAACAUAGAAGCUAUAGGGCAUGAGAUAUAUAAAAUAAUAAAAGAGAGAAAUACAGAAAUUCAGAAAGAAGCCAGAGAGAGAAUCAGAAAUAAGAUUUUUAAAUCAGAAGUAGCAGGAGCAGCAGUUGGAUCUUUGCUGGGGCUCAUGCAUGGAGUCGCUGUUGGAGCAGCUGUACCAUUUGUGGCAUUAGCUGGACUUUUCACUGCAGGAGUAAAGUCAAUACUGGGCAGUAGAUCAGAAGAACCGGAAGUUAAUCCCAGAAAUAUAGCAGUUGCAGGAGCAGUUGAAGAAGUAGCAGGGAUAGCUGGGGCAGCAGCAGCAGUGGGGGCAACAGCGGGGGCAGCAGCAGCAGCGGGGGCAACAGCAGUAGGAACAGCUGGGGCUGCAAUAGGAGCAGGAGCAGCAACAGGAGUUGGACUGGUAGUGGCUGGAGGAGUUUAUGCCAUAGCAGGAGCAGUAAGAGGCGGAAUGGCAGGAGCCAAAGCUGGAGAAACAUGCGUCGGUACCAACCGUGCAGCCAAGGAAGCUGCAGAAGCUGCAGGACAGGCAGGACUAUCUACACUGAAGGGAGUGUGGGAUGCCACACAAAAACUAGCCAGGUCUAAGGAAAGUCCUUACAAUAAACCUUUGUAGCUACUCUCUGAAGAUCUGGUGACUCUUCAAAUGCUGUAUGUGGAUCAGAGAGGAUUUGAAGAACAGUUAUGAACCAUCAGUUCUGCAUACUGUGUGUGUCUCUCUCACGCUGAGUAGUGAUGUGUUAGUCGUGAGUAAAUCAGCUCUAUGAGCCCUUUUACAUGAACAAUGGGGGCCAGAUCCCAUCUGAGAGCUGAUUUUUUUUUUUGUAAAAUUAAUACAACACAGAAUAAUAAAAUGACAGCAGUCCAUUCAGAAAGAAUCUUCUUCACAUGCUUCACGUAGGGAAGGACCAAUGGUCCAUAUGCAGGUUUUAGUACACUGAAGGGAACUUUCUUACAGAACUGACAGACACACUGGAUCACAAACAAAAGUACCGUGAAGAGUGAAAAGAAAGUGCAUUAGGAUGAACUCCCGGACGAUUAUGUCGCCCAUGUAGCAUAGCAUUAAUAAGAGUUGUUCACUGUCCUCCUGUUACUGUGAUAUUCUGGGAAGUUGUGAUUGUUCAACUCAACCUAGCAGACAUACAUAUGAGGUGAUUGAGGUAUUGAUUGAUUCUGAUCCUGUAUGGACUGAUCAUCAUUUAUGGGCCCAGCUACUUGUGUGCUCUCGGAGUUGGAGAUCCUCUGCUGUGUUGCGACUAGAGGCCACAGCUAAGUCUGUUGUACUUGUUUUGUUUUUGUUUGAUAGUUUUGUAUUAGUUUUUCUUUGAGGUUUUCUUUGUUGUUUUCUUUAUUUUUUCUCUUGUUUUUGGAGUGUUUAAUGGGAGAAGUCAGAACAUGAGCUGAUGACAAAAUAAAUCACAUAUCCCAAAUUUUUUUUUGGAUGUUUUUUUGUGUUUUGCCCGACCCUGAGACCUCUCAACACUUUACCCCUCAACAUUUGGUGGCAGCGGUGGGAUCCAGUGUUCUGCCAGGGUCGGUGCUUUGCAUUGUGGUGUCACAGCCGAGUCGAAUGCAACCACCAGUGACACGAAGCAAGGCUGGCAUAGGUACUAUCGUGGUACCUUAUUCAGUAGUAGAGGAAGGUGAUAUGGCAUCUAGGCCAUACUCAGCACCCCCAGAUGACCGUCUGCUGAGGCUUGAGACUGCAGUAACCUCAUUUAUUCAGGCUCAGCAAUCUAGGGAUGAGAGAUUGGAGCGAGAGUCACAGCGUCAGGACCAAAGGUGGAGGUCACUGCACCAUCAGUUUCAGCAACUACAGUUGUUGGUGAGCAUGGAGCACGUGGGUCCCCAGCCAGUAGCAGGAGUGGUAGACCCCUCACUGGACUCCGUGUCGCUGCCUGAGCUUCGUCAGGGUUCUGCGCAGGUGGCAUCUUACGCAGCCAGCUCUACAUCUGAGGCCCCCAGUCAGGUGGGCUUCCCUCCACCAGUGCACCUUGGGUGGGGUCCCCCUAAGAUGGCCCCGUAUACUGAGGAUGAGGACAUUGAGCAUUACUUGACCACGUUUGAACGGAUUGCAUUAGCAAACCAAUGGAUAAGGGACAGCUGGGCUUUGUAUCUGGUUCCUUUGUUGUCAGGGAAGGCCCGUGCUGCCUAUGUGGCAAUGGAUGUUCAGGAUACCAGAGACUAUGAUAAAGUGAAACAGGCCAUCUUAACUAAAUUUGAAAUUGAUCUAGAGACAUAUCGACACAGAUUUUGUUCCUUGAUGGUUAUAGAGGGAGAAACAGCUAGAGAGUUGCAAGCUCGGCUUACAGAUUUGUAUCAGAAGUGGAUGUGUCCAGGGGAAAAGACUAAGGCACAGUGUUACGCUCCGCUACGGCUCGCUCCGCCCCUUCGACCUCGACCAGGACCACGCCCCCAAGACAUCGGACCGCCUGCUCAUUUCCAGUUCCCGGACUGAAAAGCCGGGAAGCAACAGUCUUCAGUAGCGCUCGCUCUGCUCGUUUUGGAUUGUGUUUUGGUUUGCUUAUUUGAUUGAUUAUUGUGUAUGACGGUUUUGGUUUUCGGAUUACGAUUUCUCGCUUUGCCCUUUCUUUGUACUUCUGCCCGGUCUUGGUUUGCUUUCUGGUUUUCGAUCUUUCGCCCGGUUUUUGGUUUACGACUUCGCGCGCCCCUCGGACUUUACGCUUUGGCCUGUAUGUGUGUUUGUAUAUGUAUCUGGUGUGUAGGGAGUGGUUGCCGUUUUGUUUUGAUAUACUUUGUGUCCACUGAUUUGGUUAGGGAGUUAGGUAUAGGUUUUGUUGUUUCUGUGUUCUUUGGUAGUUCAGUUAGAUUUGGGUUUCGUUCGGUAGUUGGGGUUUUGUUUAUUAUUUUGGUCUUUAUCACUCCUGAAGCUCUUGCACCAGGUUUGCUGUUCUGUGUCUGUCGUGUGUAUCAAAAAUAUAAAAAACAUAAAAA